AUGCCAUUGCCGGAAUGUGUGGAAUCGAUGGAGUUUAUGCCCACCCACAGUUUGUACACUAGAAGAAACCUAUAUGAACCUGAACAGAUAGAUCAUGUGAACAUAUCGGAUUUAUUUGAUCCUGCCAAAAAUACGGUUCUAGUGUCGCACGGUUGGAUCCAAGAUAGCGAGGCCCGAUGGAUUCCAAAGUUUAAGAACGCUUUGCUAAAAAAAUUGGAUAUUAACGUGAUUCUUCUGGAUUGGAAAUACGGUGCUAACGAUGCAGUUUACCCACAAUCGGCUUCGAACACGCGAUCUGUCGGUGCAUAUUCAGCUGUAGUACUUGGUAAUAUAGUUAAAACCCUUAACUAUUCGGCGAGUAAAAUUUGGUGUGUUGGUCAUAGCUUAGGAUCGCAUAUAUGUGGCCAUCUGGGAAUGAAAAUGAAGAUUAGAAGAGUUACAGGAUUAGAUCCGGCAGGUCCGUGGUUUGAAGGUUCAGCUAACGUAACGGUCGGACUUAAUCCCUCUUCAGCUGAUUUUGUAGAUGUGGUUCAUACAGAUAAUGUGUAUGGGUUGCAGAAGCCCUUAGGACAUGUAGACUUUUAUCCGAACGGAGGAAAACAGCAAACGGGAUGUUUAACAAAUGCUUGCAGUCACUACAUCGCAACGACUUUCAUGAUUGAAUCCGUUGAGACCAAUUGUUUUAAUGCCUAUAAAAACUGUUCUGAUGUAAAAGACCUUCCUGUAAAUUUUAUUUGGAGACCAAUGAACAUCGGCCAUUUUGUCAGAAUUAAUAAGGAAGCGUAUAUGUACUGA